AUGACCAGCACCAAUAUCACGGCCGCUUGCAGUCGCGUUUCGAUCAUCAGCCAUUCAUCUGAUCCAAGUACAAAUCAAGUGCGACCACAAUCGAUAGAAACGGGUUCCGUAAGAAAUAAUUAUGAAUCUACAUUGUACGAAGAUUAUGAAUCAAUUCAAACGUCUGAAGAUAGUGAUGCGAGUUCCAAUAAUUUAAAAAAAACUGAAACGGAAUAUGAAAAAAAUUUAAUCUUUCGUAAUAACUUAAGACAAUGGGCCAUAAAUAAAAAUAUUUCUCUAGAAGCCUUAAGAGAAUUAAUAGUUGUCGUCAAUCAAAGAUUGCCAGGAGUUUUGCCAGUAGACCCGAGAACAUUAUUACAGACUAAGAGAAAUGUUGUAAUAAAAAAAAUUGAAGGUGGAGAAUAUUGGCACAAAGGACUUAUUGAACCUUUAAAAGAUAUAAUAUUUUUUUUAUGGCUGGAAAUCCCUGAAUCUAUACAAUUAAAUUUGAAUUUUGAUGGUUUACCAAUUUACAACAGCUCGAAAAAAGAAUUUUGGCCAAUUCUUUGCAACAUAUACGAAAAACCAGAAAUAGAGCCUCUUGUAGUUGGAAUUUAUUAUGGAUCAGGAAAACCAAAGAUCCUUAGUCAGUAUUUAGAAGAUUUUGUCGCAGAAACUGAAAGUCUUGGAAGAUUUGGAGUGGCCACCGUAAUCCGUGUAUGCAACUUUAACUCUAGGCAUGGAUGCCUAAAAUGUACUACGGUAGGAGAAUACUCGCAUCAGUAUCAUACUGUCGUGUUUCCAAACUCAAGAUGUCCUAAAAGAACAAAUGAAGAAUUCAGAAAUAAUAAAUAUAGAGAUCAUCUAAAAUCUGAUACACCACUUUUAAAAUUACCCAUAGAUAUGAUCGAAGAUUUUCCUAUUUCCGAUUCAUUACAUCUGAUUGACUUAGGAGUUAUGAAACGAUUACUGGUGGGAUGGCAUGAUGGAAAUUUUAAGAAUCUUACUACAAAAUGGCGAGCAGACGAUACGCUGAAAGUAACACAGUUUUUACUCACCUCUAAAAGACUUACAGAGAGUGACUGGAAUGUUAAAUCUAAAUUAAAUAAAGCGAAAAAUGAAACUAUCCAAUAUCCUGUCAUAAAUACAGAUAGCAAAAAUAGAAAAAUAAUAGAUUUUGAGAGCUGCGCGGGACAGCGCGGCGCGGCGGCGGCGCUGUUUGACGUCGUUCAUACAUUUUGUAUAGAAUGCAACGCUCACUGA